AUGCCGCAGGCUAUUAAUUUGUUAAGUCUCUACGAUAUCCAUUUCACCGAAGAGAUCGCUGAAACGGCCGUCACUAUUGAGGGAAACGCGUUGUUGAAAGCAAAAACCGUUGCUGAAAAAUUCGACACCAACUGCUUUGCCGACGACAGUGGCCUGCUGGUAGAUGCGCUGGACGGCGCGCCGGGCAAAACAGAAAAGCCCACUUCAAAACCGUGA